UAUUUUAGGGGAAGUCCGCUGGAGACCUGGAGCCCGUCCGAUGCUCAUAUUUAAUAGUUUUUAGACUACACUGUCAUGUGCUAUUGCAUUUUCUAGAGCUUAAAACUUGCACGAAAGAAAUAUGACCGAUUAUGCAACGAUUUAUAAGAUCUUACUCAUCACGUUGACGUCAGCCUUCAUACGUGCGUCGUCUAAUAGUUGCCCCGUGAUGGAGUGCUGGUUUGUCCAGGAGAAGCCGGGGAGAGGGGGCUUCUCUGCACCAGUAACGCAGGAGAAGUCUCUCAUGUACAUCAGAACGGACUCCGAUGAUGACCGCAUCACGCAGUUAAGCCCCCCUGCAGACAUAGACCAGUCGAGGGUCUACUAUGUCACUGACCCUGCUGCUUCUUUCUGCCGUGCCCCCCUCCACCCACCAGAGGGCUCUGUGCAGAAGCCACAGUGUGAAAUUAACCCCUUCUUACCUCAGCCAUCCAUGGUCCGCUGGGCUACUUCACUCACUGAAUCCGGCCAAAGCCCCACUCACCUGCAAGCUGAUUGGUUUUCAGUGGCUGCCCAAGGAUUGGAUGGGCAAUUGGUAAUGUCCGCCAUCAUGCGCGCACCCUCGGGAUCCAAAGAGCCUCAAGUCAUCCUCAGCAUCACCAGUAGAACUGCAGCUGUUCGCUCUCGUCUGGGUGAGCAGGUGAUGCUGGACUGCGGCUUCUGGGUGAACCCCUCUUCUCCGCUCUCUGGCUCGGGCUUCUCUGUGGAGUGGCGCUACCAGUUCCGCGGAGAAGGCCGCCUGGUCCUGGCCUACGAUGCCAAGAGGGACUGGCUGGCCGACACCACAGAGACGGGCGCAGUGAUGGACUUCAGUGCCCUGCAAGAGACAGGAAAUGCAUCACUGAUUCUGGAGGAAGCACAAGUGCGCCACUCGGGCACCUACAUCUGCACUGUUUACCUGCCAAACCUGCUGGCACAGGUAGCACUUGACCUGGAGGUCGUAGAGCCCCCUUCCCUCUCCAUCUUUCCCUCCCCGCUCCCUCUCAUCGUGCCGGGCCAGGUGGUGUCCGUGCAGUGCGAGGCCUCUGGCUUCGUCCCCCUCCCCCUGGAGCUGGGCUGGGAGUUUGUUGGAGCUGACGGCCAGUCACGAUCUCUGGGCCAGGGCAGUAUGUCUGGCCACAAGCAGGCCUCGGACGGCACCUACAGGCAGAACAGUCGUCUGGAGCUGGACUCGGCCAGGCUGGGACUGGGCCGCGGUGGGGAGGUGACCUGUGUGGCCAAACACGCAGGGGGCACCAGGAAGGCCAAAUUGACCCUCAAUGUUAUUGGUGUCAGUGCUCCCUCUAUUGAGGACUCCAUGGCGAUGGUUGCUGUAGCCUUGGGCCUUUAUGGUCUGAUAAAGGUGUUCAGUUGGACGUUCAGCUCUACAGGCAAUGGAGAUACCGAAGAUAAGAAGGAGAAGUGACCUUGAGAUCAGCUGGCAGUUAUGCAUUUAAAAUGGCUAAUCUGACUGAUGCUUUCUUGCUCAACAGUUUUUUAUUAAGCCUUAUGGUACUAAUUGUUUGAGUUGUUGAAAAGAGAAAAAACAAAGAUAUGAAUGAUUUCUAUCUGUGAAUGAAAUUUCAAUUUGUGAAGAGUAAAAAAUAUUGAAUAUGCAGGCAAAUGCACUUGAAACAAAACCGAAGAUUUACAGAAUGUUUGUGACUGUUUGGAAAUGCAGUCUCUUCACAACCUCUCUUGAAAUUCCUAUGUUCACUUGUGUCAAAUUCAUUGGUGUCCAAGACAGUGUAUUGUAUUGCUAGUGAUAACUGUUAAAGUAAACUUCUAAAUAACUUUGAGAGGAGAGCUGUAAAUAUUUUUGAUUGAUUUUAUUUGUCUAUGUUUCUAUGAUGGUAUGUGUAUGGGGAUUGGCAGACAGUUCAAGUUAUUGGUCAGAUUGUAAAUAGUUUGUGUUUGCUUGAGUUGUAUAGACUUUUUGGUUGAAAUAAAGUUUGGGCUAGUUGUCAA